UUUCCCUGUAAUAGGCAAAUAUGCAGAACUGUCAUAUUUCACACUUUUGUUAAUCCAUAUACCUUCUUAGAAAAAAAUUAGAAACAGGUACUGUAUAGAUAUAAACGAGACAAAACAACUGAAAUAUUUCAGGUGCAACCAUAAAAUAAAAGUACAUAGGCACAUAAUUGAAAAAAAAACCAAACAUCUAGAACUAACAUGCAACAGCAAAUCGGGUUUGUUAAGGGGUUUGGAAAUACCAGUCAUUAAAUCACCAAACUGACCAUUUCUGAGAAUAUAAAUUUACGACCUUAGGUAGGACUUUUUAAAUCAUUAUAUUUUUGGAAUUUUGGAACCUUGCUUAGUGAUGGGUUUUUCCGUAAGAUAAUUUAAUAUAUGGGUGCUCAGUAGGAUAAUUCUUUUCGACGGGCACCAGAUUUGGGCAUUAUUUAUUAGCUUAAAUGAAAGAGGUGAGAGUCGUGAGUGUGAAUUCUUUUGAUGUGGACUCAAACAAAUCCUUGAUUCUUUUUUCGUAUUGUAUUUAUGAAUUAUAUUUUUAAAUAAUUAUUUUCACAAUCUAGAUUCCAACAACUCAUAAAAUUUAAACUCGAACUGUCUGAACUGUAUAUAUGUACCUGAAAAAUUUUGUGAAAAAUAUAUGUAUAUCUCCUAAGAGCAUAAAUUCUUGCAAUUUAAAGGAAAAGGAAUGAUUAGUUUUGGAAAGAAAAGUAAUCACUAUUAAUUCAUAUAACCGUUCCUAGAAAAUCUUAAAACAUUUCUUUCACAAAAUAUUCAUUAAUUAGAAGAAAUACAUUCAGGCCCAAAAUCCAAGAAUACAUGUUUCAGACAAAGUGAAUAGACAGAGAUAAUUUCUUUCACCCAAAUUAAGCAACAUAAGUAGUCUGAUCCCUUUUAAGAAUAAUUCUUUCCUAUUGCAGAUUGAUCAUUAUGUACCCUACUUUCUGCAUACAAGUACUUCUAUAUAAAUUGAAAAAAGGCUUUCCUUCAUGUUAGUUCAAUUCUGGUGUUUGAAGGAUACAUGUCAUACGAAACUACUGUUUUUUUUUUCUUUCGUGCCAAAGUGUUUUUUUAAGUUGGCUAUCAAAGUAUAAGUUUUCUAUAUAAGCCUAAAAAGUGCUUUUUGUGAAUUUUUCAAGUGUGCAAAAGUAUUUCAUAAACAAACGAAUUGACAAAAAUUGUGACUUUUCGAUAUAUAUAUAUAUAUAUUUAAAAUGUACUCUAUUGUUAAAACAAUUGAGAAAAAUGGACCAGCUAUUGUGGCCAUACCAUCUAUUUGGGUGAAAGAUGGACAUCUUUAUUGGCCGCGAGAUAACAGAAAUUUGAGAAAGUUAAGGAGGAAACAGGCGGUUCCAGAGGAAACAUGGGAAAAGCUUAAUUGUGAGAUUAAAAAACAUGGCAUUACUACGUGGGAUGAAGCCCUACAUCUCGAAAAAAUGCUAUGCAAAGUCGAAACUGAAAAUGAGGAAGAUGUUUUGACGAGACACACUGAUCAGAAAAAAUCCUUUAUACAAAAAAACUUCGAUUCGUCUAUACGUAACAUCGCAGCCUCAGCAGUUUCAGAAAAUUCUAGCACCUCUAUUGUUUCGGCAAAGAAGUCGCUAAAAAGAAAAUCACCGGAAGAUGAAGCACACGACUCAGUGGAACAUAGAGCAAAACAGUCGAAACUGUCGCAGAAAUCGCAGUUUAGUGUGAAUGGGAAUCUUCAAGACUGCGACACAGAAGACCACAAUCGCAUUAAUUUGGUAUCAAGAGAUUCACACGCAGAAUAUUCUUCUGACAGCACGGAUACAUCUCCGAAGGCACAAAACUCACCAGUGUCUUCGUUUAGCUUCAGCGAUAAGGAAGAAAUCAGUGUCAAAAACGCGAACGACAUAAUUUUGGCCAUUGCAAAUCUAACAAAGGGACAGGCUAGAAUUGAAACUAAGUUGGAUCAUGUGACUACUAUUCUUUUGAGAGACUCUUCUGGAAACAAGCAGCAGAAAAAAGUAACAGAAUGCGUUAGAAAGACAUACUUUCCCAUCAAAAGCUCUAAAGAUCUAUGUGCUCUUGAAGAAAAGCUAAAUGAGAAUGAUUUCAAAGAAAACGUAAUUGAAGAAUUUGGCAAGAUUCAUGGGGCCACAGGAGAAGGAAAGUACAAAAAGAUCGUCUACAAAUUAGUGGACGAUAUGUUUGAUCGUUGUAUUUUUACUUCUUUUUCUUGGAGUGGUAAAUCAAAGAAUAACAGAAAACAGAAUUUCUCCAGCUUAAAAAAUGUAUUCGACACAUUCUACCAAAUUGUCAAUAAUGCAGACAAAGCAUACACGAUUCACCUUAAUUACGAAUAUUUUAAGAGAUUUUUAAAAUACAGCUUCGAGAGAGUUGAGAGGAAUAAUAAGAAAAAAUAGAAUUUAUCAGAAGACAAAAACAAAAAAAAGAUUAUUGGAUCUUUGUAAGGUUGAAAAAAUAUAGAACCAUUUCGUCAAAGAAAUGCUAAUGCUUUGUGAAUUGAAAAAACUAGGUCAUAAGGUUUAAAAAAUAAAAUAAAUAAAUUUCAUCUUGUAACAUUGUCGAUAUUUUUGGAGAUGAAUAAAUUAAUUAAAACAAUGUGUUUUUUUUACUUUACUUAUAUGUUUUGAUAAUCAAUUUUUUUUUCACUUAUAAGGUUAACCCCCAAAAGAAUCAUAACUUCUACAUAGGGAUAUCGUCUACUUUUUUAUUGCGCUUGUGAGGCAAGGUGCGAUAACCCUUGUGCAGUUGUACAAAAGCAUUUUUACUUUUCUUAUGCUAAAAAUAAACUUUUCAUGUUAUGAAGAGAUUACUAAACAUUUUGCAAUGAUUAAAAAAAAUCUGUUUUUUUAAACCUUUCAGUUUGUUUUGUAAAAUUCAUUUAAAAAUUUUAACUUUUAUAACAAAAAAAUAUUCCUUUGGUACAAACAAUCCCAAAAGUUCCUCACUUUGUACUGUACAGAAACACAUUGCAAAAUAAUCUAAGCCACAUGUCAAAAAAAUUAUUUUUUUCACCGAAAUGGUUAUUAAAUAAAUUUUUAAGCCCAUGUAGAUAACUAAAUAUGUUACAAAGCGCUAUAUAUAAUACUUUGGCGUUUAUUUAAAAAUAUAUAUAUGGUAUAUUUUAUGUCAAAACACGAAUUUUUAUAAAGAACUUUGUUUGUUUACAUUCACAUUUUUUUCCGGAGGUCAUUCCCGGAUGUAUCCUCAAAAUAGGUUAUGUUAAAAAUUUUAUUUUUCAAUUAUAAAUUUUUUUAAGUUUUAUUUUAAAAAAAAUCCAUAACAUAGCUUAAAUUUUCUAGAAAAAAAAUCCUACACAAGAAGGUAUAAAAAGUGUUUUUACACCACAUUAAAUUAAUUUAUAAAUCAUUUUUUUAAUAAUGAAAUGGUAUAAAAAAAAAUGAACCCAAAACAGAGGCGCGCCACGCGUCUCUUUUGGAACCAAAAGUGAGCCGAAGACUCUGAAAUUUUUUGGUACCAAAAGUCACGCGUAGCCACGACUCUGUGUUGGCACCAAAACUGAUGCGUAAGCUCCGAUUUUUGUUGGAACCAAAAUUCACGCGUAGCCACGACUCUGUGUUGGUACCAAAAUUGAGGCAUAGCUACGACUCUGUGUUGGUACCAAAAUUUAGGCGUAGCCACGACUUUGUGUUGGCACCAAAAUUAAGGCGUAAACUCCGAUUUUUGUUGGAACCAAAAUUCAGGCGUAGCUACGACUCUGUGUUGGCACCAAAAUUGAGGCGUGGAGCAGACUGAUCACGACUGAUUUUGUUAAUUUUAGCUAAUUUACAAUUAUUUUGCUCUGAAUACAUCUGUUCCAUCAUAUAUUAACUAAAACUAAUCAAAAAAAAUUGCCAAAUAUUUUUAAUUCUUCAAAAUAUUAGAAAUUGUACUUCAGUCGUGGCACACUCCGUGAGUUGACACCAUAUGGAUAGCUGUAUGGUUAUCCAAAAUGGCUAGAGUCGCCGGCGUGCUC